CUUUUGCCCAUCUCUGCUAUUCCAUGGAGCUGGACGAGGAAUAUGGCCUAGAGGAUUUCGGCCUGUCGGAAGAGGUCAAGUCAGAGGGGGAGGAUGGCGAAUCCGAAGAACGCACCGACGACGAACUGGACGGAGAGGAGAACGACAGAAAGCAAGAAGAUGGUGAAGAAGACAUCAGAUCUGUCUCCUCGGUGUCCAAUGAGGGCAACGACUCGGACGACGACGAGAUGCCCGAGAUCACGCGGGGAGCUGCGCAGGUCUUUCCGGAGGAGUCGUGGCGACGACCCUUGCAGCGCUUGCAGGCGCUUCUCUUGUCAUGUUUGCUUCCGAUCCUCUUGGCAUUGCUGGUGGUGUUUGCCGCCUUCCGCCUGGUGAAGCUGUUCUUCCAACUCCUCAAUGAUGUCUACAUUGUAGUACGCUAUGUGGUCUUGCUGGCCAUCCGAAUCGCCCUUUUUCCUUUCUAUUUGCUUUGGCUCUUGCUACCAUCCUUCAUUCAAGACUUUCUCUGGGAGAACUAUGAGCAGCGCUUUGGUCACCGCGUCCGCGCGGUGCUGUCCGUGAAGCAUGCGGUCGAAGAGACGAUUUCGGAUGUGCCUGACAUGCUCUGGGCCUGUUUGGUCGCUUUGUACUACUCCUGCGUGCAGCCCAUUGGGCAAACCUGUCGACAACUGGCGUGGCGCUUGUGUGGGCGAAUGCUGGUGAACACGGUCUUCGAUCCUCUGCACGAUGCGCAAGUGAACAAGGCAUCCUGGUCCAAGCGAAAGUUCAUUGAUGGCCGCGGCAACAAGAAACGCCCAGUCGCCUCCCAAGCCGUGAUGGCCAGUGCACACCUCCGACGGGCCAAGGCACAAGCGGUUCGCGCCAAAGCGCGCCGGCAACGUGCAAGAAGGCGUCGAGAUCUCAUUCGCUUGGCAUUGCCGGAGCAUCAAAGGAAACACCUCAAACAAGAGGAUCACUUCGUGCAGUUGGAGGAGCAUAAUCCGUUGAAGAUGAAGAGCAGGGUGAUGAUUGUGGAGAGGAGGUAUGCUGUCUUUGUGGGCUUCGCUUGGAUGAUUGCAGGGCAGACCAUCCUGGUGCUCACUUUGACAGGAAGCGAUGGCGACAGGUGUACGAUCUGUAGCGAAGUACCCUCACUGGGCAUGAAGAUGUGUCAGUUGGGCGUUGGUCGUGACUGCGCCUUCGAGAACAACAGUACCCAGAUCGUGGCAUCGGUGGUGCUCAUCGGCGUGGGAAUGCUCCUGGCGAUCUACGCCACGUGCCUCUACCGGCCUCGCAGCAAGAGUUCGGAGGCCAUUGCAGAGGAGGAAGCCUUGGCGAAGAAACACUACGAGGCCUUAGCCUCGCGGCUCAAGAAGACGGAGGACUUGGAAUCUCAAGUCUUCGGGAUGCUCGAGGAUCACUUUGAGAAGCCCUCUUGUGCGAAGAACUUGAGAGACUGCUACUAUGCCAGCCCACUGGGGUUUCUGCAGCACAUUUUGGACAGUUGCGGCUACGCUUGGCUCGUUCCUGUGCUCCGUUGCGAAGAGCGCUGGCGCCUCCGGGCGAAGAGCCUCUGGCUGCAGGAGUUGUGCAUCUUCCUGUCAGUCGGAUGGAUCAUCAGUCUUUGUGGUAAAGUCCGAAGGUGCUUUACGAAGCUCAGGGAGAGGAAGGCCCGGCGCAAAAGUGAGGCGGAGGCCUCGGCCCCGCGUUGUGCUGCAUUGCAACAGCUGCUGCAGAGAUGUUACGUGUGGCGAGCCUUUCUCUACUGGACAGGUUUGGGCUUUUCUCAAAGUGACUCCUUUGAUACCAAGUUGGUGCACUCCGCCAAGCGCAGCGAUGCUCGCGGUGUGCGAAGCCUGGAGGAGACUUUGGCACACUUCGAUUUGAUUAAGCCAGAGGAGGACCCAAAGGAUCUGAAAGGCGUCAUGGAGUUGCUGCUGGAGGAGGGCUACGAGGAGCUACCGCUCGAGGCUGGCUUCUCAGGCCGGGAAGGGCUGGACAAGGGGCUCGACAAGGAGAUCUUGGAGUUGGACCUGGAGUUGCUGGAAGAGGAUCAGACGAUGGAGGUCCAAGAAGAUGUGCCCGAGGAUGAGGAGCUGAUCGACUGUGAGGAAGAACUUCACAUCAAUUGAAGCAGCACUGACCAUCAUCCACAUCAUUUGGUGUAUCAAGGAACUGAUCAUCAAACUUCCUCGAGCUUGCCUUCGAAGCACACCAGGCAAGAUCUCCCGAGCACUUUGUGGACCUUAGCGGCUGCCUUUCGCGAUGCACCGCCGCUGGCUUUCAGCAGCUGUCGCCACGGCAGACGCAUGCGGAGUGGCCGAUCGAAGCGGCCCAAAGAGGCGAGACAUGGGUGGGGAGGCUGGGUGGUGAUGGUGGGAGGCUGGGUGAUGGUGGUGAUGGUGGGUGACAAUACACCGAUAUAUAUUAGGAUAUGUUUUGUCCAUGGAAUUCUGUAGUGUCCUUUCGCAGGCGCAGCUCGCAUGGCGGAACCUGGCAAACCUCAUUUGAGCUCUAGGUGACAUCGCCCUGCGGCAGGAACCCUGGCUGGUAGCAGUGGGUCAGGAGGUCCGAGAGGGCUCGUGGCACUGAGAUGAAGGACAUAGGAGAUCAAGGUCUGCUGACCCAAACAUGGGGAGAACAGUAGAAACCGAGUAUGCGGCUUAGAGACAAUUGGCUUGUUUGAUGCUGAGCUACAGAAAGAUGAAAGACGUCCUGCGUCCUAUGUGGAUCUGUGUGGG